CCACUAAUACUGUUGGGAGCUUCUCAGCCACAAAUGAGGAGAUUCCACCAAGAUGAGUUCAGCGCUUAGCUUUAGAUAUGAGAAUCCAGAACGUUAUCUUCUCCUGCAGACUCUCCUCCAUUCUACACCACUCGCUUCUCUGUCUGUACUCUCUUUCUUGUUCGGUUCCACUUAUUCCUUCUUCUUUUAUUGUCCUCUUCUCUUCCUGUCAGAAUUUUCUUUCUCCCUUUGUUUCUUCAGUUUGUUAGUUCGUCUACACCGUCUUCAACCCACUUGGGAUCUUUGAGUCUCAUUCUUUGUUUCUUUUCUGCAAUUUUUCCUUAGGAGAGUCUCCAUUUUCAGAACAGAAAUAAUACCCGAAAGCCCAUUUUUCGGGGGGUUAGAUUCUGAAAUUCAUUUACUCUGUUUUCUCUGAUUAAGAAUUCUGUGCUUUCGACUCGAAAUCAUCAAUUUUUGUCAAUCUGGGUAGAUGGAUACCUCCUAAAUCUCAUCUAGAAGCUUGGAAAAGGUUUGCAUAAAGAGAAAAAGGAAGGGAAAACAGAAGACAAGUGAAGGAGGAUGAAAAUCCAGUGCGAUGUCUGCGAGAAAGCUCCGGCUACCGUGAUUUGUUGCGCCGACGAGGCGGCUCUAUGUGCCAAGUGCGAUAUCGAAGUGCAUGCAGCAAACAAGCUCGCCAGCAAGCACCAGAGGCUUCUACUGCAAUGCCUCUCCGACAAACUUCCCCGAUGUGAUAUCUGCCAAGAGAAGACAGCUUUUAUUUUCUGUGUUGAAGAUAGAGCCCUCUUCUGUCAAGAUUGUGAUGAGCCAAUCCACUCUGCAAAUAGCCUCUCUGCCAAUCACCAAAGAUUUCUCGCCACUGGAAUCAAAGUGGCUUUGAGAUCUGGUUGUGCCAAGGACACCAACAAAGGAUUUUUGGAGCCAACCAACCAGAAGCCACAACCAAUGGCCAUAAAAAUGUCUUCACCACAACCUUCAACCUUUGCAUCUCCACCAUGGGCAGUUGAUGACUUGUUACAGUUUUCAGAUUUUCAAUCCAGUGAUAAGCAGAAAGAAUCUAUUGAAUUUGGAGAACUGGAGUGGUUUACAGAAAUUGGCCUCUUUGGUGAGCAAGUACCUCAGGAGGCACUGGCAGCAGCUGAAGUUCCUGAACUUCCCAUUUUACAACCAAGUAAUGCGAUGAUUAACAGACCCACCAAACCUCACAUGCCCCUUAAGAAGCCUAGGAUCGAAAUAUCAGAUGAAGAGGAGUUCUUCACUGUCCCUGAUCUUGGUUAAAAGGAUCCAUUACAUAGCAUAGGUAUUUUGUAAGUUACCAUGAUAAUGUACACAAGGAUACAUAGAUAACGUAUCAAAAUCAAAUUAGGUUCGGUCCAUUCUAGUCUAAUGGCUAUUAUGUGAGCAUCAAUAUAUAAUUAAAUGGUCUGACUUUAAUGAUCUUGACUAUAAGUGCAUUUAACUAGUAAAGUGGUGCUGUACUGCUGUUGAUCCUUGAUGCAUCUUACAAUAUGGUAUUUAAUCAUUCGCCUUUGCCUCUA